UCUCCUCCCAGUAGAUUGGAGCUCAGUGGCGUGCCCAGCGCCAUCUCAUCACGAUGGUGGACACAGAAAGCCCGAUUUGUCCUCUCUCCCCACUCGAGGCUGAUGAUCUGGACAGCCCAUUAUCUGAAGGAUUCCUACAAGAAAUGGGAAACAUCCAAGAAAUUUCUCAAUCCUUUGGUGAGGAUAGUUCUGGAAGCUUCAGUUUAACAGAAUACCACUAUUUAGGAAGUGGUCCAGGAUCGGAUGGAUCCGUUAUUACAGAUACCCUUUCACCAGCUUCCAGUCCCUCUUCAGUCACUUAUCCUGUGGUUCCUGCUGGCGCCGAUGAAUCUUCCAGUGCAGCACUGAACAUCGAAUGUAGAAUCUGUGGGGACAGAGCCUCAGGCUACCAUUACGGAGUUCAUGCCUGUGAAGGCUGCAAGGGUUUCUUCCGGCGAACCAUUCGACUGAAGCUGGUGUAUGACAAAUGUGAACGUAGCUGCAAGAUUCAGAAAAAGAAUCGAAAUAAGUGCCAAUAUUGUCGUUUUCACAAGUGCCUGUCAGUUGGGAUGUCCCAUAAUGCAAUUCGUUUUGGACGAAUGCCAAGAUCUGAAAAAGCAAAAUUGAAAGCAGAAAUUCUGACAUGUGAACAUGACAUAGAAGACACUGAAACUGCAGAUCUCAAAUCUCUGGCCAAGAGAAUUUACGAGGCCUACCUGAAGAACUUCAACAUGAACAAGGUCAAAGCUCGAGUCAUCCUUGCAGGGAAAGCCAACAACAAUCCACCUUUUGUCAUACAUGACAUGGAGACAUUGUGUAUGGCUGAGAAGACUCUAGUGGCCAAGUUGGUGGCCAACGGCAUCCAGAACAAGGAGGCAGAGGUCCGCAUCUUCCACUGCUGCCAGUGCACAUCCGUAGAGACCGUCACGGAGCUCACGGAAUUCGCUAAGUCCAUCCCCGGCUUCACAAACUUGGACUUGAAUGAUCAAGUCACUUUGCUGAAAUAUGGAGUUUAUGAGGCCAUGUUUGCAAUGCUGUCUUCCGUGAUGAACAAAGAUGGGAUGCUGGUAGCAUAUGGAAGUGGUUUUAUAACUCGUGAAUUCCUAAAAAGCCUAAGAAAACCGUUUUGUGAUAUUAUGGAGCCUAAGUUUGAUUUUGCAAUGAAGUUCAAUGCACUGGAACUGGACGACAGUGAUAUUUCCCUUUUUGUGGCUGCUAUAAUUUGCUGUGGAGAUCGUCCUGGCCUUCUAAACGUGGGACACAUUGAAAAAAUGCAGGAGGGUAUUGUGCACGUGCUCAAACUUCACUUACAGAACAAUCAUCCAGACGACGUCUUUCUCUUCCCAAAACUUCUUCAAAAAAUGGCGGACCUCCGGCAGCUGGUCACCGAGCAUGCGCAGCUUGUGCAGAUAAUCAAGACAGAGUCUGACGCAGCUCUGCACCCGCUGCUGCAAGAAAUCUACAGGGAUAUGUACUGAUUUCUUGUGAAUGAACAAAAAAAGAGAAACUUUUCAAGGUUUUUAAAGUUGACAGCACUACAAAUGAGAACUGGGAGCAAUGCAACUUUGCACAAACGUCCGCCAUUUUACCCUUAGAGAAUGGAAAGUGUAGGCUGUAGGCAGCCGGAAUCCUAGUGCACGUUUCUUUCUCUUUUCUCCAGUACUUCUAAGAGCCUGCGAAGUAUUGAGAUGCUGGUUAUAAGUGGCUAAUAGUCAGGACUUGGAAAAUUAAGGAGGAUGAUGUUCAGCGGUCUGAUUUUAACUCGCCUGAUUUAAUCAAUGCAGAUUUCUUGGUGUCACACUAGUAAUGUACCAUUGAAUCCACUGGCAACCUCAAAAUACGUGGUCGGUCUUCCCUUUUUACCAUACUUGGUUGUGCUCCUUUGUAAUUCUGAAAACUAAUCAGCACUUUUUAACUUUUAUAAUCCUGUAAAUCUAGAUGUAUCCAAAGGUUAGGUAUUUUAAAAGCAGCAAAAUAUUUAUUUGGAAGACUUCAGCUCUGUUUCCUGAAUUUGAAGAAAGACAACAGGCUGGUUUUUAAUCAUAGGAUUUAGAGUUGCAGAGAAUUCUUCAAUAAGCUAUCAAGACGCAGCAGUCCUUCAGUUUCCGGGUCACUGUUUGCGUGGUUGUGACGAAUACGUGGAAAAGCCAGUUUCCAGGUUUGGGUAGAAAACCCAGAAAACCACGUCUCCAGACCCCUCUGGACUUGACCGUAUGCCUGUUGAAGCCAGUGUCUGUGGUAAGCAGGAACAAGCAAGCUCUGAAAGUAUGUCAGCUUCCAUUCCUGUCACCUGGGCUUCCUGUCAGAUCUGAACCAACUGAGGCAGGCUGUUUGGGGCCAUGGUAGUGUUUUUAGGGGCAAACUGACAAAUUAUUUGUAAA